CCCGUUUCAACUUGUUUCGAAUCUCUUCAUCAUUCCCCCCAAAUCCGCGGCCAUCUCCGGCCAAAUCCACGCCGCCGCCGCCGGAGCAGCGGUGCCUUCAUUACGGGCUUCCGUAUUGCCCGCCGUCGCGACCGGGCCACCGAGACUGCUGAGCUUCGGUGGUGUCGUCUUCACGAGGCGCGGCGUGUCCGAUCGAAGGAGCGCCUCCUUCCGAUGGAAACCAUGUGUGGAUCCAUCAUGCGCGAGCUCCAGGCCAUCUGGGAUGAGGUUGGGGAGCCUGAGGCCGCCAGGGAUAGGAUGCUGCUUGAGCUCGAGCAGGAGUGCCUGGAGGUCUACCGGAGGAAAGUGGACCAGGCUAACCGCUCCCGCGCCCAGCUGCGGCAAGCCAUCGCUCAAUCCGAAGCCGAACUCGCCGCAGUAUGCUCCGCGAUGGGCGAGCCGCCGAUCCACUUCAAGCAGUCUAAUCAGAAGGCAUGUGGAUUACGGGAGGAGCUCUGUGCAAUUUUACCAUACUUAGAAGAAAUGAAGAGGAAGAAGGCUGAAAGAUGGAACCAGUUUCUCGAUGUCGUAGGACGGAUAAAGAAGAUCUCAUCUGAGAUAAGGCCUGAAAAUUUCAUGCCUUUUGAAGUGCCUGUAGAUCAAUCUGAUAUAUCAUUAAGAAAGCUUGAAGAGUUAAGAGUGGAGCUGCAGUCCCUUGAAAAAGAGAAGAGUGAGAGGCUAAAGCAAGUAAUGGAAUAUUUGAAGACUUUGCAUUCUUUAUGUGAAGUACUUGGUAUCAACUUCAAGCAAACAAUAUCUGAAAUACAUCCUAGUCUUGAUGAAGCUGAAGGACCAAUGAAUAUAAGCAACACAACAAUUGAGAUGCUAGCAUUGGCGAUUCAGAGACUUUGCGAAACAAAAAUGCAGAGGAUGCAGAAGCUUCAAGAUCUUGCAUCUACCAUGCUAGAACUAUGGAAUCUCAUGGAUACUCCAAUUGAAGAGCAGCAGGCAUUCCAGAAUGUAACAUGUAAUAUUGCUGCUUCAGAGUCCGAAUUAACUGAACAUAACACGCUUUCCAUUGAGUUCCUCAACUAUGUGGAAGCUGAGGUAUUAAGGCUUGAACAGCUCAAAUCAAGCAAAAUGAAGGAGCUUGUUCUGAAGAAGAACACAGAAUUAGAAGAACAUCGACGACGGGCGCAUUUAAUUGGAGAGGAAGGUUAUGCUACUCAGUUCACAAUUGAGGCCAUUGAAGCAGGGGCUAUUGAUCCCUCUAUGUUGCUCGAGCAAAUUGAGGCAUAUAUUUCAACAGUGAAAGAGGAAGCAUUUAGUAGGAAGGACAUUCUUGAGCGCGUUGAGAAGUGGCUAAAUGCAUGUGAGGAAGAGGCUUGGUUGGAAGAUUACAACAAAGAUGACAACCGGUAUAAUGCCGGCAGAGGUGCACACAUUAUGCUUAAGAGGGCUGAAAAAGCUCGUGUUCUGGUUAACAAGAUUCCAGGAAUGGUGGAUGUUCUUGAAACAAAAACCAUAGUUUGGGAAAAUGAAAGGGGCAAUGAGUUCACAUAUGAUGGGAUCAGACUUAUUUCUAUGCUUGAAGAAUACAUGAUCGUUCGCGAAGAGAAAGAGCAGGAAAGGAAGAGGCAAAGGGAUCAAAAGAAGCUUCAAGAUCAACGCAAAACGGAGCAGGAGGCACUUUAUGGAUCAAAGCCAAGCCCUUCGAAACCUCACAGCACUAAGAAGGUACCCAGAAACUCCACGGCCGGUGGGAGUCGAAGGCUGUCUCUUGGUGGAGCUUCUUCAGUCCAACCUCCUAAAUCAGAGAUACUUCAUUCAGAGACUGUUCGUGUAACCAAGAGAACCGAAGAUAUCAGCAGUCCGUCCCCUGUAAACCCAGCUCAUAAAGGUUUAGACACUGUUGGUCUCCCGAUCAAGAAGUUAUCUUUCAACUCGAGUACUCUUCAUGAGAUGGAGACACCCCGAAAGCCCUUUUCUCAGAUUACACCGGGAAAUAGCAUAACAUCAACUCCUGUGCGGCUGAUCUCUGCUGGUACUGAGGAGAACAAGACUCCCAAGACACUUGCAGCACCAACUAUGCUGACUCCUAUGACCGUGAGAGCUCAUAUGCAAACGGCAAUGACGCCUGUUCUUACCCCAAAAGCCGUUCCUGUACUUGCUUAUGACGAAUCAGAGCUGACUUCACAAGAGGACACCGAAUACUCGUAUGAAGAGAGGCGCCUUGCUGUCUAUCUUGCCGCACAAGUGGCUUGACUGUCAAGAUUGCUGGUAAGGUAAAUCCAUUGUGUAGCUGAAAGUCUGAAGCUUGACAGCAUUUCUCUUGUCAGAGACGCUUGUGUAGGUCGACAGGAGUCGGCCUCAUUCAUAAUCACACUUUACGUUUCCAUCCCAUUGGUAAAAGAGUUACAUUGUUACUGCUGCCCUUUAUCACCUUCUGAUGUGAACCAUUACCUUCCUUUGCUAUAUUGAUGGCUCGUUAGGUGGCUGAAUGAUUUGGUCUGUGGGCAAUGAAUUGAACUAGCUGGUGCAGUUGAUCUGAAAGGCUGGUUCCUACUGAUGCCUGAUCUGCAUCGCGUUCAUAUGGCAGAGUUUUUUUUGUAUGAAAG